AUGGACGUCACAAAGGCCGUGUCGGCGUACAUACAGCGUAUGAUCACCGAGGUCGCUGGGAUCAAGGUCCUGCUGCUCGAUCAGGACACAACACCAAUAAUCUCCACCUCCUUCACCCAAUCCUCUCUACUCAGUCAUGAAGUCUACCUCACAGAUCGUGUUGACAAUCCGAGCCGAGAUCGAAUGCGGCACCUCAACUGCAUCGCCCUCCUGAGGCCAACACCCCAAUCCAUCUCGGCUUUGACUCGCGAGCUACGCCAACCAAGAUACAAGUCAUAUUGGCUCUACUUCACAAACGUGCUGCAGAAGCAAGACAUAGAGCUUCUAGCCGAGGCCGACGAACACGAAGUCGUAAAGGAGAUUCAGGAGUUCUUCGCCGACUAUCUGCCCGUCAACACCGACCUCUUCUCGCUCAACAUCGACACUCCACCUGCCCGCAUCUGGGCAGACAACCCCGCUGUCUGGGAUCAGCAGGGUCUUGAUCAGCACGUACAAGGCCUUGUGGCUCUCUUGCUCAGCCUGAAGAAGAAGCCCGUCAUCCGAUACGAAAGGAUGAGCUCCCUUGCCAAGAAGCUGGGAGAGGAGCUUUCUUACCAAAUAAACAACAGCCAGUCCAGCCUGUUCGACUUCAGGAGAACUGAAAACGCCCCGCUACUCUUGAUACUUGAUCGCAGGAAUGACCCGGUCACACCGCUCCUCACACAGUGGACGUAUCAAGCUAUGGUCCACGAGGUGCUAGGCAUCAAGAAUGGCCGCGUAAGCCUUGCUGAUGCAGAUGGCAUUCGCGCUGAGCUCCAGGAGAUCGUCCUGUCCGGAGACCAAGAUCCUUUCUUCUCCGCCAAUCUCUUUGACAACUUCGGCGAUCUUGGCGCCUCGAUCAAGAAAUACGUGCUUGAGUACCAGUCAAGAACGGCUUCCAACGCCACCAUCGAUACAGUCGCCGACAUGAAGCGCUUCGUCGAGGAGUACCCCGAGUUUCGAAAGCUCGGUGGCAAUGUCAGCAAGCACGUCGCGCUGCUCGGCGAACUCAGCCGUCGGGUCGAAAAAGACUCGCUAUUGGAAGUGUCCGAGCUAGAGCAAUCCCUCGCCAGCGUCGAGAGCCACGCUUCCGACCUCAAAGCGGUACAAGUCAUGAUUGAGUCGCCCAAAAUCCCGGACGACGCCAAGAUUCGUGUUGCUAUACUCUACGCGCUGCGAUACCAAAAGCUGCCCAGCAACCAGAUUCAAAAGGCGGUGCAAGAUCUGCUUAAGCAGGGCGUUCCCGAAAGCAGGGCCGCCCUUGUCUUCGUUACGCUCAACAUCGCCGGAGCGGAGCAACGCCAAGAUGAUCUUUUUGCAAACGAAAACUUCUUCUCGAGGGGAAGAAGCGCCUUGAAGGGGCUCAAGGGCGUCGAGAAUGUUUACACGCAGCACACGCCACACCUCGUACAGACCGUGGACAACCUCAUGCGCGGCAGGCUAAGAGAUACCAGCUAUCCAUUUGCCUCGCCGAACCAAAAUGCGACUCCGCCGAAUCUUGCCGAGCGUCCGCAAGAUGUCAUCUUGUUCAUCAUCGGAGGUGCGACGUACGAGGAAGCUCGUUCCAUUGCCUUGUUGAAUGCGCAGCACCAGCGUGGCGCCCAACCGGGAUCUCAGCAGGCUGCGGUCGGAGGCAUUGCCGGCACGGGUACUCGCUUCCUCCUGGGAGGCAGCUCGAUACACAACAGCAGGUCCUAUCUGGAUAUGCUUCAAGACGCCGCCUCCCGCUUCGACGGAAGGUUCGCCAAGCCACCAGCCAACCUUGGUACAGGAGGACCAGCGCUGAACUUGAGCAUCGGUCCUGUUCAGUUGGCUGUGGGGGGCCGACAGGAUGGCACGAGGCACGAUGGCUCCGUGGCCGGCGCCGCUGCCAAUCUUCUCGACCCUGAAUACCUCGGCGAGGCAGCAAGCGGUGCCAGAGAUCUGGCCACAGACAUCUUCGGUCGCGUAAGGAGAGGCGUGGAAGGUACAAUCGGCGGCUUGCAGUGA